CUCAGGUGUUCUUUUCAUUUCCAGGAAGGCGCACACACAGGGGGAAGGCGGCUUGAAGGGCUACCAGGCCCUCCGAUCGCUUCCCUUUUCCGCACAAUUUUAUCUGCCGACUUUGAGAAAGCUCGCAGCUCACUCCCGUUCCUGCAUCCCCAUCUCCUUUUGAUCGUCUCUUCCUCGUCGCUCCUAAUCCGACACACACAGUACCCUAGAGAAUAGAAUCGGACGAGAUUGAGUUGAAAAACAAGAGGCAAUGCAGGGGUUCCCAGGAUCAGUUCCGGAUUUGUCCCAGCUUCGGUCCACCAUGAUUGCAGUUGAACAGGCUUGCUCCAUGAUCCAGAUGCACAUGAAUCCAACUGAAGCAGAGAAAAUUAUUGUUUCACUGCGGCAAUCCUCAAUGCCAUUCCAGGCAUGCCGAUUCAUACUUGAAAAUUCUGAAUUGCCAGCUGCAAAAUUUCAAGCUGCUGGAGCAAUUGGUGAUGCUGCAAUUAGAGAGUGGGGAAUGCUUACAGAUGAGAAUAAGAAAAACUUAAUAGUAUUCUGUCUACACUAUGUUAUGGAGCAUGCAAGUGCUUCUGAUGCUUACGUCCGAUUAAAGGUGUCUGCAGUUGCAGCUCAACUGUUAAAACGAGGAUGGUUUGAUUUUGUUGAUGCUGAAAAGAUUUGUAUUCUCUUAGAGGUGAAGCAAGCCAUUCUAGGACCUCAUACAUCAGAUGUGCAAUUUGCAGGGAUUAAUUUCCUUGAGUCCUUGGUAUCUGAAUUUUCACCUGCAACUUUGACUCCGAUGGGCCUUCCUAAAGAUUUUCACACCCAAUGUCAUUUGUCAAUGGAAUCUAAUUAUCUGAAGGAGUUCUAUUGUUGGGUUCAAUCUGCUGCGUUUAAUGUGACUGAAAAGAUAGUGAGCUCAUAUGCAAGCAUAUCUGAUGAGAAAGCAUGCUCUGCAGCACUGCGGUUUAUGUUUCAGGUUUUGAACUGGAACUUCCAAAAUAGUUCCAUUUCAUGGGAUACCUCCAGAAAUAAAUCAAAUUUAGUAACAUACGGUAUCAGACAUGAUGUGGUUCAGUUGAAAAAGUUUGAACGGUCAUUGGUUGAGCCAGGACCCUCAUGGCAUGGUGCUAUAUUAUCAAGCGGACAAACUCUUUGGCUUUUGAACUUGUAUGCAACAGUUCGCCAGCAGCAUUUAUCUGAUAUUUUGUGGUUUGAUUCUCCCUUAUCAGUCUCUGCCAGGCAGCUAGUAGUGCAGUUAUGCUCUUUGUCAGGGACUAUAUUUCCUUCCGACAAUGGGGAAACACAUAUUAAGCACCUAGUGCAGAUUCUGUCAGCUGUUAUUGAUUGGAUUGAGCCGCCUAACAUAGUCUCAGGAGCAUUACGUGGGGGGCGAAGUGAAAGUGAGAUGAUUGAUGGUUUUCAUGUAUUACUUUCCAUGGCAACCAUGACUACAACUGUGCUUUUUGAUAAUCUUCUUAGGUCUUUAAGACCUUUUGGUACAAUUCAAUUAUUGUCUGCCUUGACUAGUGAAAUUGUUAAAACUCAUGUGAGAAGAACUGAUGUUGAUCAAACAUGGACAUCAGAGGCUCUUGAUAUUCUCUUGGAGAUAUGGACCCUCAUUCUUGGGAGAAAUGACAAUGAAAGAAAGGUUUCACCUGAAAACAUAUCAUCAUUAUCGAAUUUAUUCAAAGCUAUUGUGGAGUCGCAUCUUAAUGCUGCUGCCCAAUCUGCAUUUGAAGAUGAUAGUGAUGCUGAGUAUUUUCAUGUCUCUGUAUCAAAACGAGAUGAAACUUUGUAUGCAUAUGCUCUUAUUGCACGAGCUGCAGUUGAAACCAAUAUUUCCUUUCUUAUGAAACUGUUUGCAGAACGUUGUGCUCUUCUCAGUCAGAAUAAUGAAAGUUGUGAUCCUACACAAACCUUAGAAGAACUCUACUGGCUUCUAUUGAUUACUGGUCACGUGCUCACUGAUUCAGGUGAUGGAGAAACAGUAAUGAUUCCAGAAGCAAUACAAGACGGGUUUGCUGAUGUAUCAGAUGAAUCACAGCAUCCAGUGGUUGUUUUUUCCUGGUCAAUACUAAGUUUUGCUAGGCAAAGUUUGGAUUCAAAAAUGAGAACAAUGUAUUUCAGUCCUCGACUCAUGGAGGCAGUAAUAUGGUUCCUUGCCAGAUGGGUUGAUACAUACUUGAUGCCGGUUGAUGCUUCAAAAGGACAACUAAGACCAUCUGGUCAUGAUGAAGAGCUGAACCAAGUUUUUCAGUCUUCGAAAAAGAUUUUGAUGAAUUUUGCUGGACAAAAUAAACAAGGAGAACUGAUACUUGACAUCAUUGUUCGUACUUCCAUAACAACACUUGCAUCUUUUCCUGGCGAGAAUGAGCUUCAUGAAUUGACAUGUCGGAAAUUACUUGUAGCUCUUGUUCGUUGGAGACAUGUUUGUGUUCACCUUGUUGCAUUGGAAUCAUGGAAUGAACUUGCAAGGGCCUUCACAAAUGAGAGGACGUUAUUCUCCAUCAAUGCUCGUUUGCAGCGAGCUCUUGCAGAGACACUAGUUUGUGCUGCUUCCAGUUUUAAGGAUCAAGAAUCUUCCAAUCAGUAUGUGAGAGAUCUAAUGGGACCUAUGACAAUAUAUCUUGUAGAUAUUUCCACUCGGAAUGAUGCGAAAGUUGUUUCUCAACAAGCAGAUGCUAUGUAUAUGGUUAGUUGCUUGUUGGAACGACUAAGAGGAGCAUCCAGAGCCACCCAACCCCGAACUCAAAAAUCCAUAUUUGAGAUGGGUUGUGCUGUUAUGAGUUCUUUAUUAACUCUUCUUGAGUUAUACAAAAAUCAGUCCACAGUUGUGUACCUGAUACUUAAAUUUGUUGUUGACUUCGUCGAGGGAGAAGUAGCAUUUCUCAAUGCGAAGGAAACUUCAAUUUUGAUUGACUUUUGCUUGCAAUUGCUUCAAGUGUAUUCUUCUCAUAAUAUGGGUAAGAUCUCACUCUCUCUGUCAAGGAGCCUCCAGAGUGAGGCACAAGCUGAAAAAUACAAGGAUUUGCGUGCUUUGAUUCUGCUUCUGACAAAAAUUUGUUCAAAAGAUUUGGUGGAUUUUUCAUCAGAGUCCAAUGAGGUGGGAAAAACAGAUAUUGCUGAGGUCAUCUUUGUUGGUCUUCAAAUUGUCACCCCUCUCAUAUCUUUCGAGCUUUUGAAGUACCCUAAACUCAGUUGUGAUUAUUUUACAUUGGUCUCUCACUUGCUGGAAGUUUACCCUGAGAAAGUUGCACAAUUGAACAAUGAAUCCUUUGGUAAUAUAGUCAGGACAAUUGACUUUGGCUUUCACAAUCAGGAUGUUGACAUUGUUGAAAAGUGUCUGAGGGCAGUUACUGCCCUUGCUUCCUAUCAUUAUAGAGAGAAAAUUAUAGGCAAAGAAGGGCUGGCUAAGAUGGCAAUGAGCUCACCACAAUCAACAGGAGAUUUUCAGGACAGUAUUUUAAGUUAUUUCCUUAGGUUGCUGCUACAGUUGCUUCUAUCUCAAGAUUUCAGAAUGGAACUGGCCGGUUCUUCAGCUGAUUGUCUCCUUCCAUUAGUUUUGUGUGAACACGAUCAAUAUCAGAAAAUGGUACAAGAAUUCUUAGACAGACAACAAAGCCCUGCUAUAAUGUCAAGAUUGGCAAGUGCAUUCUCUGCUCUUACAAGCGGAAACAAGCUCUCUUCUUCGCUCGACAGGCCAAAUCGCUUCAAGUUCAGGAAAAAUCUUCAAAUUUUCUUGACUGAAGUUUCUGGCUUUCUCAGUAUCAUCUGAAUGGCUUGGAGGACCACCUGCAAUUGCAUACAUAUUUUAUACAUAUGAAAUUUUGGAGUCUUGCAACUAGGCAAAUUGUCAUUUUUAUAGCGAUAAUUGGCAUUUGCAAGUAAACCUGUAAAUACAAGAGAUGAUGACAGACAAAUUGUGUGCGAUGUAUGGGCUAAAUGUUGAGAUGCUAUGUAUUUUUUGUGAGACCUAGUGUAGUGCUUAUAGGGUUGGGUUUCA